CGUUCGUUGCCGGAUCCCCCACUUCGAUCUGUUGAGUCAACUUUUUCCCAACAAUUGUUCACUUCUUAUUCACAAAAACUCAAGAACACGCUAUUAAUUUGUUGAUCGGCUAUCGUUUAACACUUGAUUGUACGAAAGGAAUAUAGGAAUCUCCGAAUAUAGCUGGAAUAUGAUUUGCGCGAGUUGAGAUUGCGCUUGGCUUGUGCAAACUGUGUGUGUGGGAAUUCAACGUAAAUUCAAGAUGGCGAUGCACAGCAGAAAGUGAUUUUUUUAGUCGGUGUCUCUUUUCGCUCCGUCUGGAAUGUCAUUAAAAGCUGAAAAUAUGCAGCCACCGCCAAGAAAGGUGAAACUUGGCCAAGAACUGCGAGUCACACACACUGAACAACUUUCUAAUUUACAUGCCAAACAUCAACAGGAGUCUGACUUAUUGGAAGAAAUAAGGGAUUUCUGUAAACAAAGAGCAGCAAUCGAAAAAACUUAUGCACAGUCUCUUCAGAAACUUGCUACACAAUUUCAGCAGAAGCGAGAUUUCCCAGGACCGAUUGAGGACCAGUCAGGAAAUGCACAACAAAGAUUGGCUCUACAUGUAUGGAAAGCCAUUUUGGACGAGACAGAGAAGAUUUCCAAGGCACGUACAACCGCCUCCGAGACCCUCAACUCCCAGGUUACCGAUGUCAUUAAAACGCAGAAGAAUACACGAGCACAGACACUCAAAAAGUGUGAUGAACUGUUUGGAAACUGUCAAGAGGAGAUACAAUCAUCCAUUAGAGAUCUGACCAAGGCUAAGAAGAAUUAUGUAGAGUCAGAGACAGACGCUCAAGAGGCCAGAGACAAAGCCUUAGAAGCCGAGAACAAAGUAAAGAAAGGUUCACUCAAGCUCUUCCAGACCAAGUCUGCCCUGGAGAGGCAGUGUUCUAAGCUAUGUAUAAGACGUGAUACAUGUGAUAGACGAUCGGCUCACAUGCGCAAUGAGUACCUUCUCUCAAUUACCACAGCCAACUCCCACCAGCAGAGAUACUUUUCCACUGAUCUUCCAUAUUUCAUGACCAUGUUAGAUGGCAAUUUCUACGAUAGAUUGAGGGAUUUUUACUCAAUCUUCACCACAACAGAGAUUGAGCUUGGGACGUAUGCCAGGGCUUGCUUUGAGAGAGUACAGAGAGAGGCAGAACUG